UUUAAUUCUUCUUUAUGCCUAUCAAACUACCUUUGGAAAUUGUUGAGCGCAUUGUUCGUUUUCUACCAAACAAUGACCUUAUCCAGUGUUUAUUGGCAUGUAAAGUGUAUUAUGUUUCAUUCUAUCCUGCCCUUGUCCGGUCAGUUACUAUUCAACAUAAAAGAAAACUAAAGCAGUUCUUUUGUAUUCUCGUUCAACACAAUCUUGGACUCUAUGUUCGCGAACUCUAUCUAAAGAAUCGUGUAGGCAUCACUAAACAAGAUUUUGAGUUUCUCAGUCAACAUUGUCCCUAUGUAGAGAUUCUCAAAUUCAACGAUUGGCGGCAUUGUACACGAUCGACACUCGCUUCAUUCAAACAACUCAAACAACUAGCCAAGAUAUACGAUACACCGAAAGCAAGUGAAGUCCUUUUAGAUGCAGGGUCUACCCUUACUCAUCUUGAAUUAUCGCAGAGAGUUGUUCGUGCACUAACAGUAACUCAUACAUUACUGCCAUUGCUGUCAUUGGGUACUCAAUUGACUCAUUUGACAUUGGAUGGAUACUUUAGCCCUAGUAUGCGUGAAGAGCAGUUAAACUUCGAUCAUGUUCAUUGGGACACACUACAUCGAGCAUGUCCUCAUCUUGUGUAUAUACAGAUGCUGACAGUUCAUCUAACAGCCACUUUGCCACAAGUGAAGCACAUGACAGAAAACAUAGAUGUAGUCGAUCGCAUAAAGACACUCAUCUUAAGUGACUUGUGUCUUGAUCAUCCUGUCUGGCUCAUCUAUCUUGCUAUCAAAUACCCUCAAUUGACUACGCUUGAACUUCGGUUUGAACUCACUGCUUUUACAAACUACGAUGAAUCUGAAGAGAAACUGAGUAGGGCCGGGUGUUCGGCUGCUUUCUUGGGCAUGGCCAAUCAAUUGACUCAACUAAAGACGCUUAGUCUGCAGGGCCUAAAGGAUUCUCAUUUCCCCGGUGUAUUGUUCUUUGAUACAUUGGCACAGAAAGCCAUUCAAUUGCAAGACCUGAUCAUUCGAUACAAUACAGACAUCUUUUUACAGCAUGGAUUGAAUGAGCGCGUUUUAUCUGCCAUUGUGGCCGGACAAUCUCAUUCAAUCAAGUCUAUUCAUAUGGAUAUGUGGGUCAAGGCGCAUGAUCACUUUUUUGACUUCUUGAGACCAUUGUCAUUGUGUAGCCAACUCGUAGAUCUUUCACUGGCCAGUGAUGAAUUUGGCAAGUUUAACUUCAAUCCUAUUCCAAUCGACAUGAUUCUGGAUAUGUGUGUACAUUUAAAAAAACUGGAAUUGAUCAGAACAGCACUUGUGAUUGAAGACAAGCACACAGUCAAGCGAACUCACCCAUUGAAAUCGUUGCGCAUCGCUAUUUCAAGAGUGUCUGAAGCACUCUUUUGUUAUCUCACCAGACGAUGUCCCUCUAUCAGUCACUUGGAAGUAGUCACAAGCUAUUGGAUGCCUCGAGAAAUCCAGAUGAGGAUUGAUAUGCCAAAUAACCAAUUUGAUUAUGUGCGUAUUUCUGAUCUCAACAAACUCAACGUUCCUUGUCUUGAAGGCAACCUUAGCUUUGGUACUUCUGUCAACCUGUUUGGCGUGCAUCAAUUGGAUCUUAUUGAUAAACAGAAAGCACGUUAUGAGCAAAAAGGGAAACAAGUUCAGCAAGAUUUAACAAGUUGGUAUCAUUUGUAUGAAAUAGAAGAUCAAAGACGCCUAAGGUAUCCUCCUUGUUUUAUAAGAAGACUCCAUCCAGAAGAAGUCAAAUCAUUCAAAUACUUGGUCAAGUUUUAUCAAGAAAAUUAUUAUCGAGAACAGCCCGGUACAACAGGCUUUAUUGUGGAUCGGUAUGUGUCCAAAAAGGAUUGGAGAGAUGAUGUGCGGUUUGGACACGUUCUUUUAACAUGUAAAUCUGUAAAGAUAUUUAAAUACAAUUACAAUGUUAUUGAUUGGUCGAAGAAAUAAAAAUCCAUUUGCAUCCAUUGUUUGUGUGAAAACACACUCAUGCCGCAAAACUGAAU